CGUCAAUUUAAAAAAAAAAAGAAAAAGUGGUUGUCGCUAGGCUGAACUUAAUUCUUUUCAACAUGGAUGAGAAACGUGUGGUUCGGAUUGUCUUCAAAUCACUUCUCCUUGAUCUGAUUUCCUUCACGAUCAUUCUUCCGUUGUUCCCACGGUUACUGAAUUACUAUCAGAUUCAAGAAGGUGGCAAUAAAGUGAGACGAUCCUUUCUCAUUUUGCGCUUGUUUGGUGUUCUUUAACGUUUUCUUGCUCGGGAUAGGCUACGCUACUGGGCCACGCGUUGCAAGUACUUGAACAAUACAAAUCAUGGAUCAGCGUCGCGCAAGUCAAAGGGUCCAGCAAGUGGGACACGGUGUUACUCGGAGGUCUGUUGGGAUCGCUGUUCUCUUUGCUGCAGUUUCUUGUUUCGCCUCUCAUUGGACGCGCAAGCGACCGUUUUGGGCGACGCAAGGUUUUGUUAUGGACCAUGAUUGGCAAUAUCAUGUCCACGGCUAUCUGGCUAUUCGCGCGUUCUUUUGUCGCGUUUCUCUUUGCUCGGGUGAUUGCAGGUCUCAGUGAAGGAAAUGUCCAACUGAGUAUUGCCAUUAUUUCGGAUAUCACCACCCCGGAGCGUCGAUCACGCAAUCUUGCGUUUAUCGGUAUAGCAUUUGCUAUUGCGUUCACCUUUGGGCCUGCUCUCGGUGCGUGGUUUGCUUCAUUUGACCUUACGACAGUGUAUCCGUUUGUGGAAGAAUGGGGGGUCUACCCUUAUUCAACCCCGGCUCUGGUGGGGCUCGUUUUACUGCUAGUGGAGACCGGCUAUUUGUACGCAUACUUGCCGGAAACCUUCCGCCAUCGACAUAUGAAUAGCAGUGCAUCGCGUUCAUCUGCAAAAGAGUCGACGGAACACGACAAUACGGCCACCCGGCUUUCAAAUCUUUGUUAUCUAAACGCAGUGCAGUGCAUUUAUUCGUUCCUAUUCUCUGGCAUGGAGUUCACGCUUGUAUUCCUGACCUUCGAUGUGCUUGACUACACUCACAUGCAACAAGGAAAGCUACUGGGAUUCAUGGGCAUUCUGUCGGCUUUAAUUCAAGGCGGUUAUGUACGACGCCGAGUUCAACGUCUAGGUGAAAAAUCACUGGUCAUCCAGGGCAUGGUGGCCUGCGCUAUGGGUUUAGCCGGUUUAUCCGUGAUGGCGAUGGUUCCAACUCACGCAUCGCUUUAUCUGUACGGCAGCGUGAGCUGUCUCGCCUUUGCUAGUGGCACUGUAGCGAAUUGUCUGACCAGUCUUGCGAGUCUUCAAUGCCACGAAGGCGAGGAAAACGAACCUAGGCUUGCCAAAGGUCGGGCGUUGGGCGAAUUCCGAAGCUACGGUCAGCUGGGUCGUGCCUUUGGCCCCAUUUCAGCGUGUGGUUUGUACUGGAUGAUGGGGCCCACGUACUGUUACUGCACCGGUGCAAUCGCUAUGCUGCUCACUACCGUUGCUACCACGGCUGCUGUUCCCGUGCACAAGCAGAAAAAAGCGUAAACUGUCUUUCUUGUCAAUGACAGAUUUUCAGACAUAAUCAGCAUAUAUCACUGUAUCUAUGGUUAUUCUUCAAAUUUCACUGUAUCAUUCCAUUCCCGUUAUUCCCUGGUCGUCCCCCCCUUCUUCCUCCUCCUUUUCUAUUCUCACCAAUGAACUCCUUUACAGUUGCUUCUAGAAGAUUACGCAAAAUAGCUAGUUUAAAUAGCUAAUGACAUUACACCAAUUGUCAGCGUAAAAAAGCGCUGAACAUGGAUGCUUUGCUUUAAUAUCUACGAUUACUUUCUGAUUCUAGAAUAAUCGAUUUUGUAUGGAAAUUCCAAUAACCAUCGAUUCAUAUGAUUGAGGUAUUCCUUCUUUGUGGACCGCGGGUUGACUCCAAAAUCAAGUGGAC